GCGUCGAUAUGUGCCCAGCCGCAUUGAGCUGACCUCUCCUAAAACUCGACAUCCUUUUGACGUUCCUGUGGGUGUGCCGGAACCACGCAUGUAUGAGCCUCUGUCUCCGUACGGCGAAUACGAACGGGAACUCCACUCCACCAGGCCCGACACAUUCUCGGGGAAAUUCCCUGAUCGCUGGCGAAACAUAUCUCUUGUUCUCGAGGCGAAGAGCACAGAGAGAGUUGAUCCCAUGCGAUACCACUCGAAGGCGAACAACGAAUCACUGGUACAACUGUCCAAGAGUGCACGCAAUGUCCUGUUCGCACAGAGUAGGCUGUUCGUCUUUGCCAUCGGCAUCUAUGGCACUAAGGCGCGCAUCUAUCGGUUCGACCACGCCGGAGCCGUUUGCUCAGAAGCAUUCGAUUACGCGGCUGCACAUGGGGCGUUCUCCACGAGAUGCGACGUCGUCGGAGCCGAUCCAACUGUUCGCCUUGAGCAGUUGCGUGCAGGGGGCGUCACCCAUGACAACGAGACGUUAAAGGCAUGUCGUUGGAUCACCGUCAAGGGAUCGAAGGGGCAAGAGGACAAGAGGUAUCUCCUCUACGAAGUGGUCUUUGCGAAUACGCGUCUCUUCUCCCGCGCCACGACAGUAUGGAAGGCGUUGGAGGUCGACAAGAAGGGCUGGCCGACGAACGUGGAGACUGAUGCGGAGGGUCGGCCAUGUGGAGUGCAGGUCAUCAUCAAGGAUUCCUGGCGGCAGCUGGCGCGCAAGCCUGAGCUAGAAUACUACAGACAGAUUUAUGGACACAUGGCGUCGCGGCUUAUGCAGUCCGACCUCAUGAUGGACGCAUCCGACGACAUUCUUGAGGAGGUGGUCAUGAAGGCUUGGGGCGGAGCGUGGCAUGUGCUGGCGGAAAUUAUUGUCGGCAAUGACCUUGGCACAGAGGACCUCCAACUGGCUGCCGAGGAGCGAGUCGGUCAGCAGACGUGCUCCGGUGAACAGCAAGUGAAAGGAUCUCACCAAUUAUUCGAGCGAAGCCACACGAGAAUCGUCUCAAAAUCGGUUGGUACGCCGCUAUCGGGCUUCCAGAGAACGAGGGAGAUGGUGCAAGCACUACGUGACGCAAUUUAUGGCUUCCUCCACGAUCUCGACCAUGCCUUCAAUUGGAUGGCACAUCUGUUCGAUCAAGGCUACGAACAUACGGUCGAGAGCUGGGAGCAAUACGUUAAGAAAGCGGAGGGGAUCCCGGGAAGCGGCGGUGGCGACCUAAAGCCUGCUAGCGCAGCCCAUCCAGAGUGCGCGUUACCCUCUUGCAACAACAACCAAGGUAGUCGUCGUCGUGUGCCUGCGCCAAUUGUCAGCAGGAAUGCCCAGAGGGAGUAUCGUGUCGACGUUAUACUUGCCGAGAAGGUUGUGGAGGGCAGCAAUGGAUACGACGGAAAAAACAGCUCGUGGGAACCAUCAGCGAACGUACGGAACUGCGCCGCAUUGGUGAAUUGGCUUGAGCGGCCACCAGAAGAGCGGAUCACGUUGUCAGAGCCAUAUAUGCGGGGACAUCACGUUGCGUCGCUCGAGCCCUAUGAGGCAACAAGUGGAGGUCGAGGCGCCGCUGGAAUCUCGGAAGAGGCAAAGAGAAUGGAAUGUAAAGAGCGUACUGGUACGUUGUAUUUCAUGGCCAUGGAGGUUCUCGAAGGUGAUGUCAUCCACGAUGUCCGUCACGACCUGGAGUCGUUCUUUUGGCUCCUGAUUUGGCUCGUGCUGAGGCACACCGCCUAUGCGCAUCGCGACGGACUCGAUGCGCUGCGUUCGUUGUUCGACCAACCUACCUAUGGAGCCUUGGCGGAUAAGAAGAGGGGCUGGCUUCUGUCGCCUCCAAUGAGCGUGAAAGAUAACAAACCGCUUACGGACCUCAUCACCAAGUUCAAGAGGCUGUGCAAGCUGAACAUGUUCGACGAGGAUAAUCCGUCUGGUUUCAAAUCGUUGACAUAUGGCAGCGUAUUGGAGGUGUUCGACGAGGCACUUGCGCGGCAAGACUGGCCAUCUGGUGACAAGGCAAUCCCGUUUGUCACCCUUGCCGAUCCCAAUCGACCUCAUCUAGCGCGACCUGAGGGCGCCAUUCUGAGCAGCCAGUUGGACUGCUGCGAAUGCCGAAUGCUCCAACCGUCAAACGUCCUCUGGCACGAGGAUCUGGUCCAGCGCCCAUGGCUAUACGAGGACCGGUUCCGGAGUUACGAGAUCUACCUACUGCGUCGGCACGAGCGAGAUCCACUUCGAAGUCCCCCAGUCCCUCUUCAGACGACGCUCCGGGACGAGUGCAGCCCCAUCCUCGGACAUUUUCUGCUGGAUCACUACCACUGCCUUCCGUCCGGAGCCUGGCUCAGGCAGCUCCCGAUAGUCUCUCAAAUACUGAUCACGGCGAGGGUCCGGCAAAUGGUGACCAUCGUACGAGACGGAAACGGUCGCACGAGGAAUCGGAUAGCCACGAAGAUGAGCUUGGACAUUCGAAGCGUUUAAGGACCCGUAUAGUCAGCAGCGGCCUCGUCGUCAAACUGCUCGCAGGUGAUCUCGUCCGUCUUAGGUGAGGUCAGAUGUCGAGAACUUCCCCGGUCCAGUAACCUGCACUUCGUCUCUGUACAUGUAUCGUGCCCGUCAAUAUAAGACCACUGUAUCCUCCACGCCCACUGGAGUCAGUCACACCGG